CGCCUCGAAAGUGCAGCUAAGCCUGAACGUCAUGGAAGGCGAGCAGACGUCACUUCCCUGCCCCAUCGACAUGUCUUCGCGUGAGCCUCUGUCCGCCGUCUGGUUCCAGUUCAGCGCUGUGGCGACUCGCAAAUCAAAUGCGCCGAACGGCACAAAGAAAGAACCGAGGAAAGUGUACGCCCUGGUGGCACCUGUCUCGUCGCAAAGGGUGCUGGCGGGAAGCGCCACCCUGGUAGACGGCAGCCACUGGAAGCAGCCCCGGUGGAAGCACCGGGCGUUCUUUUCACUGCUCAGCGAGCCACCGGCGCUGCGACUCAACCGCCUGGAGCGGGCCGACACCGGAAAUUACGUGUGCAAUGUCACGUACCGCGAUGACAACGCCAGCAUUGUUACCGUUACUGAGGCCCGCUUCGCACUGUUCGUCGCCGUUCCCCAAGAACCGCCAGUCCUGGUGGACUCAAGAGGCGUCAUUUUAAACUCAACGGCGGGACCAUACGCGGAGGGCGACAUCGUACGCCUGACGUGUGCUGUGCCAGCUACCGACCACAAGGUGACCCUGGCUUGGCAACGCGACGGUGUACCGCUGGACUCGCCACUCGGUACCGUGUCAACGCCUGGAGGGCGAAGGAUGACUGUGCUGACUCUGGGCCCACUGCGCCGAGAGCACUUGUUGUCGAACAUCAGCUGCCUGGCAACGAGCGACGUCUCAAUGCCCGCCGAGAGUUGGGUGCUCUUGGACAUGUAUCGUAAGUACGUGUGGAUGCCGAAAGCUAUUCGUGUGAUGCGCACAUUUCAGCCGCUUUCUAGAUAUUUAGCUUCGUGGAACUGUUGCAUAUUACUCACACUGAGAUAAUUGAUCGUUUCAAGAUAUUUAUACAGGACUUGUUCGUUAAGGUAAUAAUGAUCGUGCAACGUGUAUUUAUUUAUUUAUUUAUUUAUUUAUUUAUUUAUUUAUUUAUUUGACAUUUUCUUCGCUUCUUUAUGUGUGUUCGUCCCCCCUGUUUACCAUGUACUCCGUCAUUGCAGCUUUACAAGAUUUGUAGCAUACACCCUUCAUAUAUUUAUUUUUUGUUUGUGCCUUUGAAACGUUCUCACGUAACGAUCGGCUCAUUGCGACCUGCGAAUAUAUAGUUGCAUGUAUUUCGCAGAAAAUAUAUUAGAAGCACAAUGCAUUAAACAGGCAGGCUUGAGCACCGCCAGGAAUCAGUCUUUCUGUGUUGGUGUCAGGGGAAAUUACUUUUCCCACUUGCUUACUAUGAUAGUACAGCGUUGUAUUUCCAUAUGUUCCACCGCUGUCCUUUUGAGUGUUCGAAUUAACAGUGAGCAUCAGUGCGCUGUUUCAUCGUAACUUACUCGAGAAAGACAAAGGCUCACUAAAUUGAUACGCCAAACAAAGCCCUAGCCCAUCGCUGUAAAAAUUGG